AUGGGUCUAUCAAGUGCAUUGGACACAUUUUGUGGCCAAGCAUAUGGAGCAAAGCAGUAUCACAUGCUUGGUGUGCACACCCAAGGAGCCAUGGUGGUUCUUAUCAUUGCUAGCAUACCAGUGUCCAUUAUUUGGGUAUACUUAGAGCCUAUUCUUGUUCUUUUACAUCAAGACAAAGAAGUUGCAAAACUAGCUCAACUAUAUGCCAGAUAUUUGAUCCCAAGUCUUUCGGCCAAUGCUCUUCUUCGAUGCAUUACUAAGUUCCUACAAACCCAAAACAUAGUCUUUCCCAUGGUGCUAGCCACUGGCUUGACUAGCUUGUUGCACUUGCUUCUCUGUUGGGUUUUCAUUCUAAAACUUGACCUUGGUAUCAAAGGAUCUGCCAUUGCAAUUUGCAUAUCAAAUUGGUUUAACACCAUAAUCUUUGCACUUUACAUUCGAUUCUCCCCUUCAUGCAAACAAACUUGGACUGGUUUCUCUAAGAAAUCAUUGCAUAACAUCCCAAAAUUUCUCAGACUGGCCUUUCCCUCAGCAGUCAUGGUGUGGUAA